UUCCCACUAAACCUCAUUAAUAAUUCAUCAAUUGUAGUGUAAUAUAAUUGCAGCAUUGAAAAUAAAUAGCAAGCCCAUAAAUAUUUGUAUUCAAGUAGCAAUUGAUUUCAAAUACACAUCCUCCCCACUUCAAAACUAACUUUAGCUUUAGGCUUUAUGGAAAUUCUUUCUCACUUCUUUUUUUGGUGAUAACUUUCCUUCUCUGUUAUUUGAUGUAUAUAGCGAGAAGAAAAAAAAAAGAGUUGCACAGAGAUGACGAAGAAGAUGACAAAAAACAUCUUUUUCUUAACCUUCUUUAAUUUCCUCCCCUUGAUAUUUGAAUAACAAAAUACUUGAAAGGUGAAACAAAAUUCUGGUACUAUGGUGCAUGGCAUGUGUAUUUGGAAAUGCAAGACAAUUUUUUCCGAUGGGAAUGUUGGUUACAGAAGUUGUUCGCCCGACGACGAAGUUCUAGGUACUUAAACUUAAAAAAAUGGCUUCAUCAUCCAAUGCUGCCCAAGUGCCCUUGAUUGAAUACUAUGACACCACCACCUUCCAGUCAGCAAAAUGUUCAAAGCUAUAUGAUAGACUGCUGGGAAAGAGCUUCAUCGAAGAGAGGGGCAUUGUAACAAAAAAUUUGGAGGAAAAGAUGCCCGAGUUCUAUGGAAGGUUGGUAACAAGCGGCUGGAUACGCUUUGCGGAUGAACCAAUCAGGGCAAAUCAUACCCUUGUGCGGGAAUUAUAUGCAAAUGCUGCAGAGUUGGACAUUACACAUAGGGCAAUUGUCAAAGUCAGAGGUGUGGAUGUCCUGUGCAAUGCCUCUAGAAUCAAUGCCUAUUACAAUCUGCAGGAUGGUGACAACAGUGAGAUGGCCCAGAUGUACGAACAAAUGCGGCAACAAUGGUUUGUGACCCACCUCCACGGUGGGGAGCAACCAAAGUGGCUGACCACAAUGCAGAGAACGAUUGACUCCGCAGAGUUCACUGCUGAGGCCAAAACUUGGCUUGAUAUUGUCACAUCCAGGGUGCUGCCUUCCAAACAUGAUUCAGAGGUGCCCAUUGAGAGGGAUAAAUUAAUUUGUGCUGUGAUGGAAGGGUUACCUGUCGACGUGGGAAGGCUCAUUAUGCAAGAAAUACGGGAGGUGGUGCUUGAACGGACUAAGAGUCUAUUCUUCCCGUCAUUGAUCACUUACUUGUGCUCCACUGAUGGAGUUCCCACAAGGCCAGGUGACAAAGAAAAGGAACCUGGUGGACCGAUUCAUCCUUUGAAAAAGAGAGGGCCUGGUAAUAUACAGAAGAAAAGGAAGAUUGAUAUAGCAGCCUCGUCAUUUGGGCAGUUUACAUCUACUGCAUCAGAUUCUGCUGGUGGGGCAUCUGGUCCUCCUAUGGCUAUACCAAUCCUACCACCACUACAAGAAGCAGCCAGACCUUUCCAAUAUAUCUCCACCCAGGUCCACGGGGUGGACAAUCGGAUUCAGCAGCUAGUGGCUAGUCUCCCUUUGGGCCCACAUGGAGAAGGCACAUCUACAGCUCCCUCUGGUCCUAGUGGUCCGACAUUAGCAGGUGUGGUGGAGGACAUGAAGCAUAUCAAAGAAAAACAGGGAAAGAUAGAGAGGAGGCAGAAAAAGGCAAGAGAGCACGCCAAGAAGCAAAGCAAAUUUCUGAACAAAAUGAUGAGUAUUCUGAGGAGUGUAUGCGGAGCACAGCAUGAAGAGGAGGAGAAUGAGGAAGAUUUUGUCCUGCUAGAGCCCAGCAGCUCCAGUUCAGAGGGUGAGCAGAGAUGACCAUAGCACUCAGUGCUAGGAGGUAUGUUUUAAAAAAAAAAAAAUUGUGUCGAUAUAAUGCAGUGAGGACACUGUAAGUUUUUUUAGUUGGGGGUAGGAACCUCCUCGGCUUUUCUUUGCCAGAAUUCUUUUCCUGAGGGGGGUUUUAUUUUGUUGAAACUGACAUGUUUAGGAUGUUACUUAGGUUGAGUAGAGUAAUUUUGUUUUAUUUGGUACUACUUGCUAACUAAUGGCAUGUAUUGUGUUUUGUUGAAAUUUUUGGACCCCUCGAAAUUUUGAAAAAUUCAUACUUAGAACAUGAUUGAUUAACAUGAUUGAUUCUUUAUAUGACAUUAUUAUUAUUGAGGUAUUGUAUGUGAUAAAUGACUACUAUGAGGUCACAAGUGUAAAAAUAAUUAUCCUUAUGCCAAUGUGUGUGUGAGCUGUUAGUUUGAUUCUGGUUAUGCAUGUAUAAUCUAGAACUUGCCCGGUUGGUCUUGUAUGAAAUCCGAAAGUUAGUUUGGUUGUGAGAUGAUCUUAGGCUUUCUUUGUUGAAAUAGUCACUUUGCCUAAAUAAGCCUUACCAAAAGUGUUAAAUACCCCUAGUUUCCCUUUUGAGCCUUUUUGACCUUUUUCUUGGCUAGCCAAUUAUGAAACCUUACCCUUUGUGCAAUUAAUCCAUUUCCGCACCCGUUCCCUCCUUGAUGCUACUACUUAAAUGAGGCAAAAUGCCUAAGUUGGGGGUGAAUUAAAUGUGGAGUACAUGUUAAAAACAUAAGUUGGGGUGGUGGAGUUUACUAGUGAAGAUUCGAUGUGGUAGUUGCGUAUAUAAAAAAAAAAUAAAAAAUUGUAAGUUGGUUAGAAGUAAAACCACAUCGAAGUCGAAAACUGAAAGAAAAUAAAGGGGUGGAAAGAAAAGAAGCGAAUUAAGGUGACAAGAUGUUGUAGUGUUCAAGGAGGGUGAGUCACUAAUAUCCAAAAAGUAUCCGACCCGUCCCUAAACCUACAUUACAAGCCGAAACAAGUCUUAAUGUGAUCACAACCGAACGAUCCUAGGAUGAGAACAUAGAAAAUAAGGGCAAGCCUAUGGUAUUUGCAUGUGUAAAUAUGAAUUUCUUUGUGAGUGUGAGUGUUUUUCUCUUCUCUUUCGUCUCCGUCCCAUUCUUGUCGUAUAUAUGUGUGUUGGGACAUUCUUUGGUCUAUGUGAGGGCAUAAGGAUGAAAAUUGAAUAAAAUAAAGUGACCGCCUAAAGUAGCGUUUGUGUGCACCAUAAUAUGUUCGAUAAUAUGAUGUCAUUCAUUGAAGCUUCAUUGUUAGUCGUAGUGUUCUUGAGUUGUGUAUAUUGCUUUAAAACAAAAAUUGGGGUGGUCCUUGGAAGAAAAACAUGCAUGCCGGUAGUUCAGAGUCAAAACCAAUGUAGACAUUGUUAUUCUAUAAUAUCUAGGUGUUAGAUUGAGUCGUGGUUUUGUAUGGAUUGCUUGAGGACAAGCAAAUACUUUAAGUUGGGGGUGUUGAUGUGGCGUGAUUUUACGCCACAAUCGAUGCUUUUUAACUAUAAGUUUUACUUGUUUUUAAGCAAGUCUAUGUUAUUUUACGUGGUUUUUAGCAUGUUUCAGGUAAUACGGGGUCCCUAGAGCCAAAAGUGUGGAAAACAAGCAAAAAACCUGCAAAACUGGAAGCAACUGGAGGAUCUGGAAAUUAUUGGCGAAAUAUUGCUCUGCGCGUUCCGGCAGGUAAUCCACGCGAUCGCGCCCACGCGCGUGAUUAAUUAUACGCGUUCGCGUAGGAGUAUCACGCGAUCGCGCUGAAGGACGGGUGUGACUCCACGCGUUCGCGCAGGGGCGUGGUGCGAUCGCGCUGAAGGUUUUUCGGCAAUUUUCGACCAGAACUUGGGAUUUGACGAUUUCUGCUGUUCCAGUCCCUUUAAAUAGAAAAAUAGGGCAAAACAUUAAACAACUUUGGCAGCUUUCACAAGUUGGAGGCUAGGGUUCUACAAAUAAUGUUCUCUCUUCUUUUUAAUCCUUGUUGAUGGAAAUCUCUUGGUGACAAUUAAGAUUGACACUCUUGUUGUGCUUAUUUAUUCAUUUGCAUUGUUCUUAAUCAAGUAAGUUUUUGCUAUUUUAAUUAUUCUUGUUCUUGAAUGUUUUCAAUGGAUUAGCUAACCUUUGAACUCGCCCAUUUACUUUGUUUGAAACUCGGAAGAGGAAGAACAGAGUUGGGAUAGAAUAAUUAACAUGAAUUUGGGGCGUUAACCCUCAUCUAAUGGAAAUUGACCUAGGAAUAGGCAAUACCACUUGUAGCCAUAUUCGGGUGUUCUUAAUGCUCCUAAUUGCUUGAGGGAUCUUCAAUUGGGUAGUCUAGUUAAUCUUCGGAAGAAGUUAAUUUAGAGUCAU